AUGUAAAAAUAAUUUGAAGGAUAUAAUAAUUUAGAAGAGUAUUUCUUAGAAGUUGAGUAGAUUAUAGGCAAUGUAAGAUAUAAUAGUUAAUAGUCUUAGAAUGUCAAUCCUUAUGACAUUAAAUGUCCAAUAUGUUUAAAUGUAUAUUUGGAUCCAAUUUCAUGUGACUCAUGUAUGAAUCAUUUUUGUAAGAAAUGUUACUAAAAGAAAUAAGUAAUUAUAUAAUGAUUAUUAAAAAGAGUACAAAAUGUCCUUUAUGCAAUCGUCUUGGUGAAACAAGAAAAGCAUUUCCACUUUUAAGAUAAUUAUUGAGUUAAUUAAAAAUGAAAUGUCCUCAUUUUAAUUAAGGUUAUGAUAGAAUUAUAAUUAUAGGAUGUUAAGUAAUUAUUGAUUAUGAUGNAAUUAUUUAAGCUUCUACUCUUUUCUAUUUUUAAUUAUAAUUUAAAAUUUGA